GUUUUUAAACCUCAACUGUAACUUAGCUCAAGUCCCCGCCGCCGCCGGGUCUCCCCGUCACUGCUGUGGCCCUGUCCGGAAGGGUCUCCGAGGGUCCGCGCAGCCCAGCGGAGGGGCCUCUGGGAGCCUGAGGGGGUCGCCAUGGCCGGACAGAGGAGACAGUGGAAGACUAAGAGAGCUUCGGAGUGGUUUUGAAAUCAAGCCUCCCAUGCAACAGGUAAAACAGGUGACUAGAAAAGCUGAUCCUUGGAGUCAUCGACAUGGCACGGCGAAGAUUUGAUUGCCGAAGUAUUUCAGGCAUGCUAACGACAGCCCCUCAAACUCCAAUCAAAAUGGAAAACUUUAAUAAUUUCUAUACACUUACAUCUAAAGAGCUUGGGAGAGGAAAGUUUGCUGUGGUUCGACAGUGUAUAUCAAAAUCUACUGGCCAAGAAUAUGCUGCGAAAUUUCUUAAAAAGAGAAGACGAGGACAAGAUUGUCGAGCAGAAAUUCUCCAUGAGAUUGCUGUGCUUGAACUGGCAAAGUCUUGUCCCCACGUGAUUAAUCUUCAUGAGGUCUAUGAAAACACAACUGAGAUCAUUUUGAUACUGGAAUAUGCUGCAGGUGGAGAAAUUUUCAACCUGUGUUUACCUGAGCUGGCUGAAAUGGUCUCUGAAAAUGACAUUAUCAGACUCAUUAAACAAAUACUUGAAGGAGUUUAUUAUCUACAUCAGAAUAAUAUUGUGCACCUUGACUUGAAGCCACAGAAUAUAUUAUUAAGCAGUAUAUAUCCUCUUGGAGACAUAAAAAUUGUAGAUUUUGGAAUGUCUCGAAAAAUUGGGAAUGCAUGUGAACUUCGGGAGAUCAUGGGAACACCAGAAUACUUAGCUCCAGAAAUCCUGAACUAUGAUCCCAUUACCACAGCAACAGAUAUGUGGAAUAUUGGUGUAAUUGCCUAUAUGUUGCUAACUCACACUUCACCAUUCGUGGGAGAAGAUAAUCAAGAAACAUAUCUUAAUAUUUCUCAAGUUAACGUAGAUUAUUCAAAUGAAACCUUUUCAUGUGUUUCACAGCUGGCCACAGACUUCAUCCAGAGCCUUCUGGUUAAAAAUCCAGAGAGCAGACCCUCGGCGGAAUCCUGCCUGGCGCACUCCUGGCUGCAGCAGUGGGACUUUGGAGGCUUCUUUCACCCCGAGGAAACCUCCAGUUCCUCUCUAAUUCAGGACCAUUCGGUGAGGUCCUCCGAAGAGAAAACGUCGAAACCCUGUUGUACUGGACCGUGUGGGGACCGGGAAGACAAGGAGAACAUCCCAGAGGACGGCAGCAUGGUUUCCAAAAGAUUUCGCUUCGACGACUCUUUGCCCAGUCCUCACGAACUCGUUUCGGAUGUGCUGUGUUAGCACUUUCUCCUCGGACUCAUUUGGACAGUGAACGUUGAAAUCCACUCCAGGCAGAGCGCUUGUGGGUUGUGACUUCGUAUAUGUUAUGUUUAUAUUGUAAAUGCACUUUUGCAGAGAAAAAUUUAAGAAAGGGUUUUUAUGCAAAGUUUCCAGUUGCGAGCAUAAUAUUAUUUCCCGUCUUGAGAUAGCUUGAUAAAGAAAAAUAUUUAAAUAUGUGGCAAAAAAAUUUUGAAAUAUAUUUCAAAAAAUUGAAAUUGUAGAUGGGAGUUCACAUGUAAAUGAAUGAAUUCAAGUUCAAAUGAACUUAAAAUUUUUUUAUGUAUAGAAAGAAACCAGGCCUGGGUUAUGCUAUGUUGGAAACUGAGGGAAAUGAGGGCGCUACAGGUGAGCUCUGUGCUCUGACUGCUGACGGUUGGUUGGGGAAAACAGUGUCAAUUUUAAGCCAAAAAUUACGCCGCUCUACAGAUGCCCCAGGGCCAUUUUACCACUGAAAUGGUUUUCAAUUACAGAUAUUUUAAAGCUGCUUUUAGGUUUCUACUGUGUGUGAUUUGCUAAGUGAAACCCGGGCAGAGAGGGCACCGGAAGGCGGGGGUCCCCCCAGCUCGUGGGAGCCCAGUGCCGCGGGCCUCCCUCUUCACCUCACCGCCUUUCCUGUUCUCGGCCGCCUCACGUCCAGCGAGCCCAGGGAGGUGGAGGCACCUGGUAGGCCAGGACCUUGGGGUUCUUCAGUCUCGGGGCUGUCUGGAGGGGCAGACACCCAGGUGAAACGCAGGGGCCAACUUUUAGCCACGUGUACUAAUGGAGCAUGGGAGAAAACAUUGACAGACUCGGGCAGCCUAGUCAGCUUAGAUGUGUUCUAAGUCUUAGAAUAGAAGCUCAUCAUUCAGGGUCCUAAAGUGCACAUAGAAAACACACAGCCAGACACAGUGGUGCACGCCUGGGAUCCCAGCACUCAGAAGGCUGAGGCAGGAGGAUCCCUGUGAGUUUGAAGCCAGCCUGGACUACAUAACUGAGUUUCAGACCAGUCUGGACUACAUCGUGAGACCCCGUCUCCAAAUAAAUAAAUAACAUGAAGAGAAAACACUGCACCACCUCCAAGGCCAGUGCCAGUGCCAGGAGCCACAGUUGCAAGGCCAGCAUGACAGGAAGGUUCUCGCCUGCAGUUCCUGGCACACACAGAGGCUGAGCCGGCUCUGCAGGGGCUGUUUGCUGGGAGUGGCGCAGGCGGCAUGGAGGGAAGACGGCCCGGGAUAUGGCGGUUCUGCCUGGGGCUGAGUGGGGAGCCCUUGGGUGGCUCUGAUGAAUCUCUACCCGGUGAUCAUUGUACAGUAUGAUGUAAAGGUAACUGAUCUCAUGGCCGUGUGAUUAUGUCAAGCUGUGUGUUUAUGUUAACAGAGAGAGAAGCACCUCAGAUUGCCCUGUGAGUUAGAUGUUACCCCCUAGACUGUUCAUUCUGGAAGUUCAGGUUCUUUAGAUAACUUUAGUGUUUAGUAACCAUGACUUGUUUUGACUAAAUGAGGAAUUCCUUUAAUACCUUCUUCAUUUUUCAAGGAACAGUUGUUUCUACUGUGUGUGUGCACACGUGUAUAUGUGUAUAUGUGUACAUAUAGAUAGAUACAUAUAGCCUUGAAACAAUCGUCUUUUAGGCCGUCUUUGCUUUACUAUCUUGUACUCAACUCAGGUGCCAAAGGAGCUAUCCUUUCAUGAAUAAGAAAUGUUUAUUCAGUAAGAAGUCAUUUGUUGGUCCAGUAGACACUGCAGAUGCUGAAGGGGGCUCUUGUUUGUCUACAGCUGGGUAGAUGAGCUAUUUCUAAAGUUUUGAUUCUUAUUUGUCUUCAGUAUUAAGUAAUCAAGUAAAGCUUAGAGAAUGAGGAAACAACUACUUUUCUAAAAGACUGUUGUUAUAUUUUUAGACAUUUUACAGGAGUCAUGCCAUAACAAACAAUAAAGGUGAAGAAAUGAUUGAAUUUGAAA